AUGGAGAUCAAAUGUCUCAAAGGGAAUCUAAGUAGAGAGUUUGAGGUCAAGGACCUUGGUCAGCUCAAAUACUUUCUAGGUAUUGAGAUUGCACGAAAUCCAAAAGGUAUUGUUCUAUCACAAAGAAAAUAUGUUCUCGACCUGCUUAGUGAGACCGGUAUUCUUGGAUGUCGAACUGUAUCAACACCAAUUGAUUUGAAUCACAAGAGAUCAACUUCAGGCUAUUGCGUCUUUGUUGGGGGGAAACUUAGUGUCAUGAAGGAGCAAGAAGCAGUCUGUUGUAUCCCGUUCAAACAGCCAAGCGAAUAUAGAGCGAUGUCUCUUGGACUUUGUGAAAUGUUAUGGGUAAGGAAUCUUUUAUCUGAAUUAAAUGUGUUAAGAAAAGACCCUUUGAGGAUCUGGUGCGAUAACAAGUCAGCUAUCAGUAUUGCAAAUAAUCCUGUUCGGCAUGAUAAAACCAAGCAUGUGGAGAUAGACCGCUUCUUCAUCAAAGAGAAAUUAGAUGAUGGCAUACUGGAGCUAAGUCAUGGUGUCGCCAAUGCCGUUGGGUUGGCACUUGCUGAGAAGCACCUAGCUGCCCGCUUCAACAAGCCUGACAGUGAGAUUGUCGACCACUACACGUACGUUAUUUUGGGAGAUGGUUGCCAAAUGGAGGGUGUUGCUAAUGAAGCUUGUUCCUUGGCUGGGCACUGGGGUCUUGGCAAGCUGAUUGCUUUCUACGAUGACAACCACAUCUCCAUUGAUGGAGAUACAGAGAUUGCAUUCACAGAGGACGUGAGCACCCGCUUUGAGGCUCUUGGGUGGCACAUAAUCUGGGUUAAGAGUGGGAACACUGGCUAUGAUGAAAUCCGUGCAGCUAUUAAGGAAGCAAAGGCGGUUACUGACAAGCCCACCUUAAUCAAGGUGACAACCACAAUCGGUUUUGGAUCACCCAACAAGGCCAACUCAUACAGUGUGCAUGGAAGUGCAUUGGGUUCCAAAGAGGCCGAAGCAACCAGGCAGAACCUUGGAUGGCCCUAUGAGCCAUUCUUUGUACCAGAGGAUGUCAAGAGUUUCUUUGAAUGUAUCAUUGCAGCCACUGGAGCCGCCACACGCCACAAGAUGCUGCACUUGAGGCUGAUUGGAAUGCCAAAUUUGCAGAGUGAGAAGAAGUAUGCAGACAAUGCAGCAACUUUGAAUAGUCUCAUCACAGGGGAGUUCCCCACUGGCUGGGCUGAUGCUCUUUCGAAAUACACUCCAGAGAGCCCAGCGGAUGCCACCAGGAACCUCUCCCAGCAAUGCUUGAAUGCAAUUGCUAAUGUGUGCCUGGUCUUAUUGGAGAUGUUUGGUGACUUCCAGAAGGAUACGCCUGAAGAGCGCAAUGUCCGCUUUGGAGUCAGAGAGCACGGAAUGGGCGCCAUUGCUAAUGGCAUUGCUCUGCACAGCCCAGGGUUUGUUCCAUACUGUGCUACUUUCUUUGUCUUCACUGAUUACAUGAGAGGUGCCAUGAGAAUCUCAGCUUUGUCUCAAGCCGGAGUUAUCUAUGUUAUGACCCACGACUCUAUUGGUCUCGGAGAGGAUGGCCCGACCCAUCAGCCCAUUGAGCACUUGGAAGAGGCCAUCUAUUCUUGCUCUCUCAAGGCAAAAGCUUCCUCAUCUGCCUGGCACCUCAAUGAGGGUGUUGAGAAGGGUGGAUAUACCAUCUCUGACAAUUCAACCGGCAACAAGCCUGAUCUCAUCGUGUUGAGUACCGGCUCUGAACUAGAGAUUGCUGCCAAGGCUGCUGAUGAGUUGAGGAAGGAGGGGAAGACUGUCCGUGUUGUAUCAUUUGUUUCCUGGGAACUUUUCGAGGAACAGUCAGUUGAAUACAAGGAGAGUGUUCUCCCUGAGGCCGUUACUGCAAGAAUCAGCAUUGAGGCUGGUUCUACUCUCGGAUGGCAAAAGUACAUUGGAGCCCAGGGCAAGGCCAUUGGCAUCGACAAAUUCGGUGCAAGUGCUCCUGCUGGAAAGAUCUACAAGGAGUAUGGCAUCACUGUGGAGGGCGUUAUUGCGGCAGCCAAAAGCUUCUAA